UCACGAUCAUGAUUAGAAUUGAUGAUCGGACGUUUUGAUUUCAUUGUCUAGUGAGGGGAUUGGUAAAGAAAUCUGCUGAAUUCGAGGGGUUCGUUGAUUUCUCUACAAAAGAUCUGAGGGGUCUGUCCUGGAGCGAGCAGACCUUGUGUGUUUCUGUCAUCCUCCCAAUCACAGCAUAAGAGCAGUUAGAAGUGUCAGGAUGGCUGGACGCUGGUGUGAAUAGAGUUGUGCGCGGCGGUGCGUCUCUGCUGUAUGUAGAGAUUAAUUGUAGCUCAGCCUGAUUCCUGCAGUCUCUCAGCACAUCCAUCAGAGGGAUGGAAAAAUGGCUGGAAAAGAGGAGCAUUCACACUAUGAACUUGAGAUCUGUAUUUACUGCCGAGCAGCAGCGGAUCCUGGAGCGCUACUAUGAGAACGGCAUGACCAAUCAGAGCAAGAGCUGCUUCCAGCUCAUCCUGCAGUGUGCUCAAGAGACCAAACUUGACUUCAGUGUGGUUAGAACAUGGGUAGGAAACAAGCGUCGAAAAUUGGCAUCUAAGGCGGAUCAGAACGGAGCUGCCGCUCAACCUCUGUCCCAUCAGCAUGUUUCGUGCGGAUCUGCCGGGGCGCUCGUCGCCGGGUCGGUGCUGACGGCCGAGAUGGCGGCCAUGCGGAGCAUUCAGCGCGGCCCCCCGGUGGCCCACCUCCUCCCUCCGCAGGCCUCGUCCUCAUCUUCUUCCUCCUCUCCAUCAUCUUCCUCUCCGCUCAGCGGUCACAGCGAUGUCAUUUUGACGGGCAUUUACGCCAACUGCUUCGAUGCAUCUACUCACAAUAGGACAGCGACAAAAUCAUUGCCCUCGCACGCAGAAAUGGAGCCGGCCGCUCACGAUCGCACAGACGCAGCAGCGCAUCGCACCGCCGUGGCAGCCGUCAUGCAGCGGAAAUCUCCCAUCAUCCCCGGCUCCAGUGCUCUCAAGUGCAGCCAGACGCUCAAACCCUUCCCCUCCAGAGACUCCGCCGUAAUCGCUCCCAGUUGGGCCAAGCAGUGCAGAACCUCUCAGCAUCCGUCGUGGCCUCAGACCUCCCCUCAGAAAACGGCCCCGGCACAUCGCCCUCCUGCAGACGCUAGCGCUCAGAUUCAGCAUGUUUUCACCCUGGCCGGAUUAGGGGAGCUGUCGCAGCGGCCUCUCGCUCAAGACCUGGCGGUGAGGAAGACGAGGCCGGUCGAGGCGUUGGAGGUGUUCUCGAUCGCGAUGGAGACGGCCGACGCUGAUGACGAGUACUCCAGAGAAGAGGAGCUGGCCAACAUGGCGCUGCAGAUGCAGUGCGGUAAAGGCAGUGUGGAUAGUGGGCGGAGCUCCAGCGCAGCUUCCUCUUCCUUGACUGACAGCCCGGGACUCACAGAGAGGAACUCAAACUCUGCUCUCUUUGGAGAGAAAGGAUGUCAAACCAGCAGCUCCUUAUUGAGCAGAACAUCCUCCCCCAGCAACUUCCCACUAAAACUGCUCUCGCAGGCGUCUGCCAGAAUCCCCUGUCUCAAGGUAACAAGUAACAUGUCAGCUCCCUGGCUUCACAGUAACUCAAGGAAAAGAACGCUGCAGGACAGGACGCAGUUCAGCGACAGAGACUUGUACAUGCUGAAGCGAUACUGGGAUAACGGCAUGACCAGCCUGGGCUCUCUGUGCAAAGAGAAGAUCUUAGCGGCAGCCAAUGAACUCAGUGUGGACACUGAAAUUAUCAAGACAUGGAUUGGUAACCGCAGAAGGAAGUAUCGUUUGAUGGGCAUUGAAAUUCCUCCACCUAAAGGAGGGCCGAUCAUGUUCCCAAAUCAGACAGCACCUCAUUCACCUCACAUCCUUGAGGACGACCGUCAGACUCCAGAGCUAGGAGAGGCCAGCGAACACAAUGACGUUGCGUCACUCUGUUUGUCUGAUGAUGGAGCCAGUGAUUUGUAUCUGAAAGAAAAUGAUGAUGUGAACGAUGAAUCAGAUGGUUCCACCCCUGCUAAACAUGUGAAGAUUGAAAUUGUUGAAGACGACGACGAUGAUGAUGGUGACAUGUUGACCACAGAGAUGGAACAGAUGCAUAACCUCUUAGAGUUCAAGAAUGAAGAAGUGCAGUUCCUUGAAAAUGAGCUGCAGAACCAGAAACUGAAGUUCUCCAAGCUGAAGAGCUUCACUAAAAGCCUGCUGAUCGCUGUGAAAAACAAAGACAGAAAGAAACAGCAGGAGCUGUUAGCCAGUCUACCUCAGAAAGUGAAUGAGGACUGGGACCUGGGCCUGGAAAACCACAGCGAGUCUGGCGUAGAGACGCCCGUCAUCCAGAAAGAGUCCUCUGUAUCAGAGGAGGAGGACGACACGGAUCAGAUGAGACUAUAAAUGCAGGGCAGCUUCCACCUCUUCUGUUACUCUCACACGCCACAUAGUGCCUGUGGAAACAAACCAAUAACUGUUGGACCCCACGAGUCAUUUUCUACGGCAUAUGUCAUAUCAGACUGCCUUGGCCGGGUCCAGUACUAUCAAAUAAAUGCCACUAAGUCAACACAAAAUUG